UGAAACUGAAAAGAUUCAAAGGACCAUUUCGUAAAUUAUCCAAAAGAUCUGAAGAGAGAGAGAGAGAGAGAGUGAGGAGAGAGAGAGCUCGGAAGCUCAGCAAUGGCGAACUCAACGAUAACCAAGUACGGAAUCGUAGGGAUCGGCAUGAUGGGAAGAGAACACCUCAUCAACCUCCACCAUCUCCGCCACCAAAACCUCGCCGUCGUCUCCAUCGCCGAUCCCCACCCUCCCUCACAGCUCCUCGCCAUCGAACUCGCUCGAUCCUUCAACUGGAACCUCAAGGUCUUCUCAGGACACGAGGAGCUUCUCGAGAGCGAGACGUGCGACGUGAUCGUCGUCUCUUCCCCCAACAUGACUCACCACCGGAUCCUCAUGGACAUCAUCGCUUACCCCAAACCGCAUCAUAUUCUCGUCGAGAAGCCUCUGUGCACCACCGUUGCGGAUUGCAAAGAGGUUCUCGAGGCUGCGAAGAAACGGUUAGAUAUGGUGGUGCAAGUUGGGCUGGAGUAUAGAUACAUGCCACCUGUCGCUAAGCUUAUAGAGAAAGUGAACGGCGGAGAGUUUGGUGAUGUCAAGAUGGUAGCUAUCCGUGAGCAUAGGUUCCCUUUCUUGGUUAAGGUGAACAACUGGAAUAGAUUCAAUGUGAACACUGGAGGGACUUUGGUGGAGAAGUGCUGCCAUUUCUUUGAUCUGAUGAGGCUCUUUGCGUCUGCGGAUCCUGUUUGUGUGAUGGCUUCUGGUGGCGUGGAUGUGAACCAUAAGGAUGAAGUUUAUGAUGGGAAGGUGCCUGAUAUAAUUGAUAACGCUUAUGUUGUCAUUGAGUUUGACAAUGGGUGUCGUGGGAUGCUUGAUCUCUGUAUGUUUGCUGAAGGAAGCAGAAACGAGCAAGAAAUCUCUGUUACUGGUGACAUUGGAAAGGGGGAGGCGCUUGUUCCAGAGGGUUUAGUUCGAUUUGGGACUCGUGCAGGAGGAAGAGAACACGUUCAGACGAUAAAAGCUGAGGAUGAAAGAAUAAAGUAUGAAGGGUUGCAUCAUGGGUCAAGUUACUUGGAACACCUCAUGUUUUUGUCGGCAAUCAGGGGUGAAGGACUAGCAGCUGUUGAUUUGGAAGACGGGUUGAUGGCUGUUGCCAUGGGAGUUGCUGCACAGCUCUCCAUUCAGGAGCGCCGCUAUGUAUCCAUGGACGAGGUCUUGUGACUUGUGAUAUAGCAGGAAUCUUGUUAAUUUGGUAUAUUUGCUUUCAUAUGUUUGUUAAGCAAGACUUGAAUCUCUGUGUUGUAAGAUAAGCAGCUGUUUGGUGUAAGGUAAGCCAAAACUGAAUCUUUUUUUUAUUGUUAUAUGUACAUAAGCUUCAAUUAGUAGAAGUUUCGUUUGACA